AUGGAGCGUGUGGAGACUCGGUUGGAUGAUGCUGCAAGGAGGGUUCGCGUUGACGUGCCGGACUAUCAUGGAAAAUUCGAACCACAAUUGUUUCAAGAUUGGCUCACCUCUCUUGAGGAUUAUUUUGAUUGGUCUGGGUUGUCAUUGGACCGGCAGGUUCGGUUCGCUAAGAUGAAAUUGAAGGGGCAGGCUCGUGUCUGGUGGAACAGCGUGGAAGAGCGUUUACAUCGGCUCCGACAACCCCCUAUCACCGACUGGGAUGAGAUGAAGAUUAAACUUCAAGAAAAAUUCCUUCCUUUGGACUACGAGGACUCACUGUUUGAAGAACUAAUAUUAUUACGGCAGGGCAACAUGUCAGUGGACGAAUACACCACCAAGUUCCAUGACCUGAGUAUAAGGAGCCAAGUUGCAGAAACUGAGGGGCAGACCUUGGCUCGUUUCAAAGCGGGUUUGCAAGAUGACAUCCGUAAAGAGCUUACUACUGUGCGGCUCCUGACACCGGCAGUCUCGGACAAGCAGUCUUCACGAACAACAGCCCCGACUUCGUAUGAUCGCGGCCGGUCACAUAACACGCCCGAGUGGAGUGCCACUGAUGAGCGGAAACCCAAGGAUGUCUUGGGAGCCAGAGGCGAGAAGGCCAGAGAUGAAUGUUUCAAGUGCGGUGGCAGAGGCCACUAUGCGGUGAUGUGUCCCACUAAAGAGCACAAAUUCACACUGGUCUGUGGUGAGGAAUUACUGCACCAAGAACACAUUGGGCACGACGUGGUUUCUGUGGUGGCAUUUAAGGAACCAGUGGAGGGUGAGUUAGAGGAGGAGGUCUUGGAGAGUUCUACUCUCCCAUUGUGCGUGAUUAGACGCAUUCUAGCAGGACAGCGGGUGGAACACAAGGCUGACGAGGAUUGGUUAAGAACCAACAUUUUCCACACACGGGUGGAACAUCACGGAAAGGCCUUAAAUGUCAUCAUCGACAACGGCAGUGGCAUGAACGUAGCGUCCCAGGAGGUGGUUCAAAAAUUGAAACUUCCCAUGGAAAAACAUCCUCAACCUUACAAACUUAGUUGGGUUGAUGAGACUUCUAUUCCGGUGAAGAAUCGGUGCUUGAUUUCUUUCUCGUUGGGCAAGAAUUAUCGCGAUGCAGUGUGGUGUGAUGUAAUCCCUAUGAAGGCCUGUCACUUGUUGUUGGGUAGACCUUGGUUGUUCGACAGGGGCGUCCAGUACGAUGGACGGCGCAAUACGUAUUCCUUCAAAUUUGAGGGGCGUCGACUAACCCUUCAACCUAUGAAGUUACAAGAAUUUAAUAUGCCCCACGCCGAUAAUCAUACUUUGACUAUGCGUAAAUUUGUGGAGGUCCGCCAUGAGAGAGACGUUGUGCUUGCAGUGGUCACUCGCCCUGUGCAGGUCGAAGAGUCGAAUCCACCCCCUGUGGUGAUUCAAUCCUUACUCGAGGAGUUCAGCGAUUUGACCCCUGAGGAAUUACCCCACACCCUACCUCCCAUGCAGUCCAUCCAGCAUGCAAUUGAUUUUGUUCCCGGGUCCUCCCUACCUAACCUUCCAGCCUACCGCAUGAGCCCCACUGAGCACCAAGAAUUACACCGUCAAAUCACCGAAUUACUAGAGCGCGGAUUUAUUCUGGAGAGCUUAAGUCCUUGCGCAGUGCCCGCUCUAUUGACACCUAAGAAAGAUGGCAGCUGGCGUAUGUGUGUGGACAGUCGAGCCAUCAAUAAGAUUACUAUCAAGUACAGGUUCCCCAUUCCACGUCUCGACGACAUGCUGGACGUGUUGCAUGGUGCUACUAUUUUUUCCAAGAUCGAUUUGCUUAAUGGUUAUCACCAAAUACGGCUACGACCCGGUGACGAGUGGAAGACGGCGUUCAAAACUAGAGAUGGGUUGUUUGAGUGGCUCGUCAUGCCAUUCGGCCUAACUAAUGCCCCGAGCACCUUCAUGCGGGUGAUGACUCAAAUUUUGAGACCCUUUAUUGACAAGUUCGUGGUGUCUAGUGUGCUAUUUUUGGGGUUUAUUGUGUCUGCUGAGGGGAUCUCGGCUGAUCCUGCGAAGGUGCAUGCCAUUCUGGAGUGGCCAACUCCCAAUAACAUCCAUGAAGUCCGUAGUUUCCAUGGCCUCGCAUCUUUUUAUCGACGGUUCAUUAAGGGCUUUAGUGGGAUAAUGGCUCCGAUCACUGAAUGCACCAAGAAGGGAGCGUUCUUGUGGACAACUGCUGCUGACAAGGCAUUCUAG